AUGGGUGCAUCAAGCUUAGGUUCAUCUUUAGCAAAAUGCAUUAAUCUCUCAAAUUUGAAACUCGACCUUCAGGUUAAUUAAAUUGGUGCAAUGGGUGCAUCAGGCUUAGGUUCUGGUUUAGCAAAAUGCAUUAAUCUCUCAAAUUUGACACUUCACCUUGGGGUUAAUUAAAUUGGUGAUGAAGGUGCAUCAGGCUUAGGUUCUGCUUUAGCAAAUUGCAUUAAUCUCUCAAAUUUGAAACUUGACCUUCAGUAAAAACAGUUUAUUUGUUUUGGAUUGUGA